GCUUCGCGCAGUGGGGCUCGCUCGCGCGGCAGCAGCGGUAGCCGAGGCCUCUUGGUUCUGCGGCACGUGACGGUCGGGCCGUCUCUGCCGCUGUCUCCGCUGCAGCGCGGGGCCAGGUGUGCGGGCGGGUGUAGGCGCGGGCGCCACCGACGGUCCCCGUAAAACUCGAGAUCAUGGAAGGCAAGUGGUUGCUUUGUAUGUUACUGGUCCUUGGAACGACUGUUGUCCGCGCUCAUGAAGGACACGAUGAUGAUAUGAUUGAUAUUGAGGACGACCUCGAUGAUGUUAUUGAAGAGGUAGAAGACUCGAAAUUGAAACCAGACACCAGCGCCCCUCCGUCUCCAAAGGUCACCUACAAAGCUCCAGUUCCAACAGGGGAAGUGUAUUUUGCUGAUUCCUUUGACAGAGGAACUCUGUCAGGGUGGAUUUUAUCCAAAGCCAAGAAAGAGGACACUGAUGAUGAAAUUGCCAAAUAUGAUGGGAAGUGGGAGGUAGAUGAAAUGAAGGAAACCAAGCUCCCAGGUGAUAAAGGACUUGUAUUGAUGUCUCGGGCCAAGCAUCACGCCAUCUCCGCGAAACUGAACAAGCCCUUCCUGUUUGACACCAAGCCUCUCAUUGUUCAAUAUGAGGUUAAUUUCCAGAAUGGAAUAGAAUGUGGCGGUGCGUAUGUGAAACUGCUUUCCAAAACCCCAGAACUUAACCUGGAUCAGUUCCAUGACAAGACUCCUUACACGAUUAUGUUUGGUCCAGAUAAAUGUGGAGAAGACUAUAAAUUGCACUUUAUCUUCCGCCACAAAAACCCCAAAACGGGUGUAUAUGAAGAAAAACAUGCUAAGAGGCCAGAUGCAGAUCUGAAGACCUAUUUUACUGAUAAGAAAACACAUCUUUAUACAUUAAUCCUGAAUCCAGAUAACAGUUUUGAAAUACUAGUUGACCAAUCUGUUGUGAAUAGUGGAAAUUUGCUAAACGACAUGACUCCUCCUGUAAAUCCUUCACGUGAAAUUGAGGACCCAGAAGACCAGAAGCCUGAGGAUUGGGAUGAAAGACCAAAAAUCCCAGACCCCGAUGCUGUCAAACCAGAUGACUGGGAUGAAGAUGCCCCUGCUAAGAUUCCAGAUGAAGAAGCAACAAAGCCUGAGGGUUGGUUAGAUGAUGAGCCCGAAUAUGUACCUGAUCCGGAUGCAGAGAAGCCAGAGGAUUGGGAUGAAGAUAUGGAUGGAGAAUGGGAGGCUCCUCAGAUUGCCAACCCUAAGUGUGAGUCGGCCCCCGGGUGUGGUGUCUGGCAGCGACCUAUGAUUGACAACCCGAAUUAUAAAGGCAAAUGGAAACCUCCCAUGAUUGACAAUCCUAACUACCAGGGAAUCUGGAAGCCCCGGAAAAUACCAAAUCCAGACUUCUUUGAAGAUCUGGAACCUUUCAAAAUGACUCCUUUUAGUGCUAUUGGUUUGGAGCUGUGGUCCAUGACCUCAGACAUUUUUUUUGACAACUUUAUUAUUUGCGGUGAUCGAAGAGUAGUUGAUGAGUGGGCCAGUGAUGGAUGGGGCCUGAAGAAAGCUGCUGAUGGGGCUGCUGAGCCAGGUGUGGUGGGGCAGAUGAUCGAGGCGGCCGAGGAGCGCCCGUGGCUCUGGGUGGUCUACAUCUUGACGGUGGCUCUGCCUGUGUUUCUCGUCAUCCUCUUCUGCUGCUCCGGAAAGAAACAGUCAAGUCCUGUGGAGUAUAAGAAGACUGAUGCUCCUCAACCCGAUGUGAAGGAGGAAGAAGAGGAGAAGGAAGAGGAAAAGGACAAGGGAGACGAAGAGGAGGAAGGUGAAGAAAAACCUGAAGAGAAACAGAAGAGCGAUGCUGAAGAAGAUGGUGGUGCUGUAAGUCAAGAGGAGGAGGAUAGAAAACCGAAAGCAGAGGAGGAUGAAAUUUUGAACAGAUCACCAAGAAACAGAAAGCCGCGAAGAGAGUGAAACAAUCUUAAAGAACUUGAUCUGUGAUUUCCUCUCCCUCCCUUCCCCUGCAAGUGUGGUCCUAGGAGAGGACCUGGCACACCUUAGGUUGAAACUCAGAAAACCUCCAGACAUCACCAUCAACAGGUUCCAGUCGAACACUAGCCCGUGUAAUUUUAAACAUCUAAGCAGUAAAUAAUUGCAGUUGUGACCUAAAGGACCCUGUUUCUGUAGAAAGAAAGAAUUUAACAUUAAUGGUUGUGAAAUGUAACAUGAAGCAACUAACUUGUGUUUUGUUUGUUUUGUUUUGUUUUGAACCAUCUUUGUUUUUUAAAAUAGAGUGAUAGAAUUUUGCCAGUCUUUAAAAUCUUGGCUUAAUUUAAUAUAUUAAUCUGCCCAUGCAGGAGUAACACCAACCUUUAGAAAUGCUAGGGGAAUGAAUUGCAGUUUUUAUCACCAAAUUUGUUAUACUCUGGUUUCUCUUAAGAUAGUAUAAUCUUUUGCCUUUUAUCACCAAAUUUGUUUUCUAAGUUUGGUAUUACAAAACCUUCAAGUGUCUCUGUCCCUUAAAAUUGAUAAUCAUGUUUAAAGUGCAGUCGUUUGUGGUUACAAUCUUGUUUUGCUUGCUUCCAUCACUCAGUUCCUCCUAAGGAAAUUGAGAAGAUGGAUUGGAUGGCAGCCCAAAUUUAUAGAAGGGUUCUGUUUCAGUUGUAUUAAAAAUAGACCUACAGAAAGAAGAAACUUUUCCUCUUGUUGGUUUAGACCAUAAAAUGCGUGUGUUUUGUUGCCCUUGGCACAGCCCAGUCCCCAGACAGCUUUGCAGUCGGUGGAGGAGGUGGCAUAGUGUGGCGCUCGGGCGUCCAUGCUUCCCGGGCUGGGGAGUCUGGGCUCCGGCCUUCGGGAGCAGGUGGCUUUUAAAGGAGCGCUCCCAGGGCGUGGGAGCUCCCAAGUAGAUGCAGAUGUUCUCAUCACUUCCACUGUGUUGACACUGUUUCCUUCCCCAUCUCCCCACUUCCCAGCUUUCUCCUCUGCUAUGCAUCUUCACGGCGCAGCUUGCAGUCCGUUGCUGAAGAUGAUUACAAAGCUCCGCAUAGUGUUAAGCUUUAUUGUGAUUAAAUGUAUGUUUCCUCUUCCUUUUCUAAGCAGACCCGCACCUUUGCAGGGUCAAAGUACAGGAUAGAAUACUAUCUUUCAUUUUUAUCCACUUCUUUUCCUCUGUGUAAAGACUUGAAAAGUCUAAGCCAGAGGUGAGCCAAUUCAGAAUUGACUAUAAUCGAACACAGGCUAAAAGUAUUUAUGGGAGGAGUGACAUAUAGCAUGAAUUACCUGAUUUUUUCGUAGCUGCUAACCUUUUUAAGUCUUCAUUUGCAGUUCAUGUAACAUUUGUCUUAAAUUACAUGAUAAAACAGUCCUGUUUAAAAAAACUUUUUUUUUUUUGGUAUGUGGCUUGUAGAAUUUUUAAAAAAGUGACUUUAGAUUUGUUUUUUUCAUGUGGAAUGCAGAUGGGUGCUAUCGGAGCCUCUCCCCCAUCGCUGGAGUGUAAUAUCAUUACACCACACUGAAAUGUAUUCAGAAUUGUUUUAGCUUUAUUCUUUCUUCAGAGGUGUUUCAAAUGUACCGAUGAUACUGUUUCUUGCACUGAAUAUAUAUAAACACUCCAAAGUGUUUAUAUUGGGGAGAUUUGGGGAGGAAGUAUAUUCGUAAGAGAUGAAGGCUGUAUCUGUUUAUUUUGUUUAUCUUCAAUUUUUUACUGGUUCACUGAAAUUCUUAUGAGGGUGGGAUGAAUUUUCUUGCUGUUCAGUGCUUUAUCCUUUUCAUCUGUUGUUCUGUGGUCACAGUGACCUUAGCUAUGUAGCAGACUUUCCCAAAUGUAUUGAGUGCAAAUAAACAGUUACUUAGCAAGACCUGAAAAUAUGUCAUUGCAUUUCUAGAAAUCUGCCUUCCUCACUCUCUGGUGACGUUCUGUCUCGUGUCUCACUUAACAGUUUCUUCCAGCUUAUGACAAGUGUAAACUAGAGUCUUCAUUUGCCUUUCCCAGAUUACUUAGCAAAGUUUGUCCAAAAAGAAAAAGAAAGAAAAGGAAAAGGAAAACAAAAGCCUUUUCUUGGUUCUCUUUUUCACUCUUUGUUGAAGGUGUCGCCUUCCAAUUUAAAUGUCUGACACAUUAAUGAACCACCAGCAGUGUUUAGCUUUUCAAAUGUGCUUACAUUAUAAUUUAACAUGCUGGCUAUUUGGCAAAUUGUUGUAAAAUACCCACUCCAUCAGCUGUGUUCCUCAAUUUCUCUUAUCCACAAAAUACUCUGCAUUUUCCUCAAAAUUGUCACGUCACUGAAUGGUGUUACAUUAAAGCCCUGUGUUAAGUGUC